AUGAUCAGGUCAACGCAAAUAGCCCGCGUGGGCGACGGCCUCAUGCUGUGCGCCUCGGUCGACGAGGAGUCGAUGGAGUCGUCGCUGGCCGAGAUCAAGUCGCAGGUCAAGCUGAUCCUGCGGCGGCUGAACCGCAACGCCGAGCCGCAGGCGAGCAUCGAGUCCGGGCCCUACACGCUGCACUACCUGCUGCAGGACGACAUCGUGUACCUGUGCAUCUGCGAGCGGUCGUACCCGCGCAAGCUGGCCUUCACGUACCUGGCCGACAUCGCGGCCGAGUUCGCGGGCUCGUACCCGGCGGCGCAGCUGCACGCUCCCGGGCUGCGGCCCUACGCCUUCAUGGAGUUCGACACCUUCAUCGGCCGCACCAAGGCCACGUACGCCGACGCCCGCGCGACGCAGAACCUCGGCAAGCUCAACGACGAGCUGCGCGACGUCACCCAGGUCAUGACCAAGAACAUCGAGGACCUGCUGUACCGCGGCGACAGCCUCGAGCGCAUGGGCGAGAUCAGCUCCCGCCUGCGCGACGACAGCCGCAAGUACCGCAAGGCCGCCGUCAAGAUCAACUGGGACCUGAUGCUCAAGCAGUACGGGCCCUUUGGCGUCUUCGGGCUCAUCGUCCUGGUCUUUAUAUGGCUGCGCUUCUUCUAA